AUGUCUUCCAAUAAUCUAAACUCUACCAACCAAAAUGCUUCCAACCCAUUUGCACUUUUCGGUUACGAUCCGACAUCAACACCACGUUACCGAUCACAAAUGGAUCCAUCAAUUUUAUCUCAAAAUCAAGUGUUUGUAGGUGGAGUAUUAUUCACAAUUUCAAAUCCCACAACAAUUUCAAUUCCAAUCCCCACCACCCCAAACAACAUCCCAAACCCAAACGCAAACGCAAUUCCAAUUUCAAUCCCAACCGCCUUUCACACCCGCAACCGAAAUUUUUUUCGAUGCCAAGCACGAAGGGAAAGCUCAACAAAAAAAGGGAACUCCGAUCCGGGAAGAUGGAGUAAAAAAGAAGAGAUAGAAUUAACAAAGACAUGGGUCGACAUAUAUGAAGAUAACAAAACGGGAAAGGGCCAAUCAUGUGAUCAAUUUUGGUUACAUGUUAUGGAUCGGUUUUGUAAGGGUAUGGGUCGAGAUUUAGAUUACCGGAUAUCCGACCAAUGUAACUUGAAAUGGAAUAUUGUUAACAAACUCGUCACACAUUGGAAUAGAAUUUACAAAAACUUUGAAAAUCAAUGA